UAUUCACAUAGGAAGUCAGAAGAGUAUGCACUUUAGCUUAAGGAUACUAAUUUAUUUUCGAAGGACUUUAUAUUUAUAAAGAUAAUUACAUUUUGUUUUAUUAUAGAAAAAAACUUGUCAGAUUGACAAGAUUGUUUUCCGUUGAAGUCGUACUGUAUAAACCCUUUUUAUUUCUGAUAAACAUGCAGCACUUAAUAAUUUCCUUUGAAGAAAAAACCUGACGGAUUAUUUUGUGAAAGAUAUUUUAUUUUAGACAUUUGUUUUCGACAGAAAUUAAUCUGUUAGGUUGAACAGCUGUUGUGUCUACAGGAGUUUGACAUUGUUAAACUUUUGACUAUUUACUGGUCGAUUUAUCGUUGGAUUUUAAGGUUAUAACCUUGCUGAAACUGAGUAUGGCGUCUAAAAAACCAGCAAGCUGAAAUAAUCUAUUGAUUGCUAUUUUUAUCAAUUAAUGAUGACAACUCGUUAUGGGAUAAUUUAGUUGAACAAUCGAUUGGUGUCAUUCAAUGGAUCUACACUAUCUGACAGGGAAGUUCGGAAAAUGAUACUUCAAGUAUAAAAAUAGUUCUACACAUGUGAUUACCUUUAUUUUUUAAAUAUCAUAGAAAUGAAAUACUAUUGGAAGUGUGUUUUUAAAUUGGAUUAAGAUUUAAAAAAUAUACUAAUGUCAACUAUUGAAUAAAUGGAAAUCAGCAAAAAGUGAAAAAUACCAAAAUAUCCAAUGGAUGAAAGUAAUUCUUCCCCGUCAGCGUUUAUUGGUAACAACACUACAGUUUUGGAAAUGGAACCACACACUUCUUUGUCACCAAUAGUUCCCGCUUUAAUGUUUGCAGCCGGUGCAAUAGGCAAUAUGACAGCUUUAAUAGUGUUAUUCAAGUCAAAGAAAGAAAACAGAAGAACAAUAUUUUACCGACUUGUCGGACUUUUGGCUAUUGUAGAUCUCUUUGGAACAAUAUCAACAUCACCUGUGACAUUCCUCCAGUAUUCACAUUUCCCACAUUGGUACGGUGGAGAGCAUUUAUGUAAUUAUUUCUCUUUCAUGUUAAUAUUUUCCGGAUUAUCAACUAUGUUUGUGGUGGCUAUUAUGGCUUUAGAUCGUUAUAUAGCUCUUAUGCAUCCUUAUUUUUAUGCCGGAUUUGUAACAAAAAGAAAAGCCGUUUAUAUUUUAUCAUCUCUUUUCAUAUUUUCUGUAGCUAUUUCCAGCCUACCUUUAAUCGGUGUUGGAAAAAAUGUACUACAUUAUCCAGGGACAUGGUGUUUCUUUGACUUUAGGAGUGAAGAUUCAACGGGGAAAGCAUUUACAUAUAUCUAUUCAUUGACAGGAAUAUUAAUCAUUGUUUUGAUAACCGCUUCUAAUGUGGCUGUGAUCGCAACUUUAAUACAAAUGCGUGACACUUCUAAAACAAUUUCCUGCAAUAAAGAUGAAAUUUGCAGAAUAGACCGUGAAAUGCAGAUGAUGAUAUUUUUGAUAGCAGUAGUGCUUAUAUUUAUCAUAUGUUGGGCACCAUUAAUGGUUGUGGUGUUACUCUGUACUACAGGGACUAUAAAACAUAGUGAUGAACUGGACUUGUUGGUAAUUCGAUUGGCGUCUUUUAAUCAAAUACUUGACCCAUGGGCUUAUAUCUUAUUAAAAAAGAGACAUAUCAUUUUAUGCAUUCGAUGGGCCAGAAAAGCUUUGAGAAGUGCAAGAGGAAAGUUAGCACUUCAGACAAACUCAAGUAAUGAAACACCUGAAAGCCGACCUCUUCCAAAAAUAGGAGUGUCAGAUAUCAGUCAUUCAUUUGAAAAAUCGUUGUCGUCAAGUUUUCGUGGAGAGUGUACAAAACUGUAAACAAUUUUCCACAUAUCCAAAUUUCCACGUGCUUUCAUACAUUUUUUUACAAUAAAAUAAGUGUACGUUUU